UUUGAGCUCUGAGAUUUAGACACCACGGCUCAGCCUUGUCCCGCACACACACACACACACACACACACACACACACACACAUAAAGAAGCGUACAUGUGCAAAGACAUGACGGCACACACACACACACUCUUACUUGUGGUACUGUUCCUCUUUAAUGACAUGUCUUUUGACACGUCAGAUGUAUGUCUGAGUUAUUAAAAAGAACAAAGUGUCUCAUUCAUGCACACACACCCACACACACACACACACACACACGCACACACACACAUAACACAAAGGGCAGAGGUGAUGACAGAGACAUAAAUCCAUCUACUCCCUUGUUGUUACUUUCAAACUUUUCUUUAAAAGUUCCCUCCUCAUAAAACCUUGCUUUGGUCUCCCCCAGCAUGGUGUCGGAUCAGAGGAGUAUUAUAUUUGAUUCAGGUGUGGGAAUGUGUGCGUUUCCCACAAUCUGUGUAAAAUUUGAGCAUAACUCAAGUGAGCCAAUGUCCAACAUAUAAAGAAAGUCUGAACAUUUUGGAACAUAACCAUAUUGUUAUGUCAUUUCAGUUCUGUGGUGACAGAUUUGACGUAUACAGAUGUUAUGUGGUUUGGACUUGAAGUUGUUGUAAGACAAUAAAUAUAACUGGGGUUGGUUUGAUUGAUGUGGAUGAAAACAUUAUGGAUGUUUUAAUUGGUUAGGUUAGCUAAAUUACCAACAAAACAUACUUUCUCACCCACCUUUAGUGGUUAAAGUGAAAUUAUAUUGGAUAUUUAAUUAAUUAGGUCAUUUGUAAGCAAAGAUACUAAACAUUCCACACAAAAUUGACAGAUAAAUUAAUAAUACAAGUAAUUAUUAGUUGCAGCCCUACUGAUGACUAUAAAGUGAGGUUAAGUAGGUUAUCAAGGGUAGUGAGGAUGCAAAGGAAAUUCAUUGCAUUGCGGUGGAGGCAGAAUUAUUUGCACCGUUUUUGAGACGGAUAUCUAAUAACAUGCAAUAAAACAAAAAAAAGAACGACUCGAUUUCAAUAGAUUUAGGUGAGAAAACGUGUUUUGAGUGGAUUUCCCCUUUUUAAAGAUAAGUCAAUAAUAAUAGGAUCAAAUUAAUAUCAUUGCUCACACACUCAAAUGCACUUAAACCUGCGCACACACACUCAUAGAGCGUAGCGAAUGUGAAACGCACACGUACAUACAGAAGAGGUGGUGUUUGACUGCAUUGCAGUAGGGGGAGACUGCACAGCUUCUUACAGUACAAACACACACACACACACACACACACACACACACACACACACACACACACACACACACACCAGAACACACAGAGAAUCGUCUUAGAUGAGUUCCAAAGCAGGAGAGGGACAGCGAGGUCGACAGCUCAGCUUGUGAGUAUCACAGUUUCCUGUGGCAUACACUGUCGUACUCAAACAACAAUAUCACACAUGGCAGACAUGUCAGCAUGUCAUCAGCUGUUCUGGUCUGCCAGGGUCUCAGUACUGGGCUGGAGAUCAGGCUGAGUCAGCUAGAUGUACCACACGACACACAGACACACACACACACACACACACACACAUGCACAAACACCCCGUGACUGGGCUUCCUGUAAAACAAUCAGAGCAUGAGGGUCCAGAGGAUUGGCGGGAGGUAAGGGGGCUAACUGAGACGGGAGAGGAAUGUAGGAUUUGAAGGGAAGAUGAGAGAGGAGGGAGAUGGAAGGUUUGUGAAGAGAGAGAGAGAAAAUGAACCAGAACUCCGACAUCACAGGGAACAGAGAGAUGGAAAGAUGGAGAGACGGAGCGUUAAAGAGCAGAGGACAAGCAUUCCGGCAAAGUUGCUGCUUGGCCCGGUGCAUCCAAUGCCAGGAAGGCAGCAGGCUGACUUGGCGAGCACAGUGUCCAUUCCCCAGUAAAGCCAGCUCUACAGGCCCUUUUCCUCAGAACUGAGUUGCUUGCUGAGCAGAAACAGAUGUGGGCCCCGUCCCCUGUGUUCCUCCAUCUUGGCUCUGCAUCACCACCACCGCAGAUCCUGUCUCUCACUCAGAGAAACUGGGAUUUCAGCAGAAACAGAUGGGCCAGCACCCUCAGCUCCUCCGUCUUUGGUUCGACGUCAUUGCCAAAUCAUGAUUCAGAGGGGAAGCGUGUUCAAGACAUGCUGUCUGCAAUCGACAAACCACAGGUGUCCAAUGUGCAGGCGUGGGCUGCACGGCUGUCCUGGGCCCCCCCGGCAGGGCUGGUGAACAGGCAUAGUAAUGGGAUGACUGUGUCCUGCUCCUUCGAGGUCUCUCUCUCAGAUAAGGGUCGAGAUGGAAAGUAUCGCCUUAUAUACAGUGGCGAAGAAAUAGAGUACCAUCUGAAAGACCUGAGGCCAGCGACAGACUACCACGUACGGGUGUCGGCAAUUUACAACUCGCUUCGAGGCUCGUGUUCAGAGGCCAACUCGUUCAUCACACACUGCUGCGUCCCCGACGUCCCGUUAACCCCGAAACUCUCCCACCGCACCAAGAGCACCCUCACCCUACAGUGGAAGCCCCCAGGCGACAACGGAUCCAAAAUUACAAACUACCUGCUCGAGUGGGAUGAGGGAAAGAAGAACAGUGUUUUCAGAGAAUGUAACUUUGGGAGCCAGAGACACUGUAAGCUGACACGACUGUUCCCUGCCUGUGGCUACACGUUCAGAGUGGCUGCGCACAACGACAUUGGCACAAGUGGCUUCAGCACAGAGGUGGUGUUUUACACCAUGGGCACCCUGCCUGCUCUGCCUCUGGCACCGCGGCUGGUCAGGGCGGGGGUGUCCUGGGUGACCCUGGAGUGGGGGCGUCCUGAGGGCAGUCCGAGCGAGGAGCAGCUCAAAUACACACUCGAGAUCCAGGAGGACAACAGCGGAACAGACUUUCAUCCUAAGUACACUGGAGAAAACUUGACCUGUACUGUGCAAGGCCUGAAGAGGAGUACACAGUAUAAAUUCAGGCUCAUAGCAUCAAACAUGGAGGGGAAGAGCAAUCCUAGUGAAGUGUUGGUGUGCACCACCAAUCCAGACAAACCAGGCCCUCCAUCUACACCCUGUGUCACCACAGCAACUCCCUACGGAUUUACCAUCACAUGGGAUCCUCCCCAGGACAAUGGGGGCUCAGAGGCUCUUACGUACCUGCUAGAGAUCUCCGAGGGAUGCUCUGAAGCGAGCCAGUGGGAGGUAGCGUACAGUGGUCCAGCAACUGAAUGUGUUUGUGAGCGCCUGACACCUGGGACCUUCUAUCGCCUACGUGUGUGUAGCAUCACCACCGGAGGACACAGCCCGUGCACUGUUAGUGUUCCAGUCCGUACAUUAAGCGUCCCACCAGGGCUCUGCCAGCCACCAAGGAUUGUGGGUAAAGCCAAACACAAGGAAGUGCAGUUAGAAUGGGAACCCCCUGUCUCUGAGGGAGUAUGUGAGGAGUGUGUGUUCAGUCUGGAGAUGAGUGAGGGCGACACCAAGCCAGCAGAGGUCUACCAAGGGUCAGAGCUGCAAUGCACAGUCAGUAGUCUGCUGCCUGGUGCCACAUACAGGUUCCAACUGCGGGCUGCCAACGAGGCUGGGUUCGGAGAGUACUCUGAGCCAACGGAGGUGACGACAGCAGCGGGCCCUCCAGGCCAGUGUGGGGCGCCACUCAUCGCUCCCACCAGUAACACCUGCGUAACGCUCAACUGGGAGAGUCCCGAGGGUUCGGGUACAGACAUCUCUGAGUAUCGUUUGGAGUGGGCAAGGGAAGACGAACCAAUGGAGCUGAUCUACUGUGGAGCUGCCACACAGUGUGAACUGUCUGACCUGACGCCUGCCGCAGAUUUCUGCUGCAGGCUACAGGCUGUGAAUCAGGCAGGCGCUGGUCCUUACAGCGAGCAGGUGAGUUUCCGGACUCCGGCGACAAAUCCCGACCCAGUCUCCUCCCUCACCCUCCUGGAAUUCCCGACCUCCUCGGAGUCGGGUCAAUCCCCGUCUACCUGCCUGCUCCUGAAGUGGGACGAGCCAAACAGCAACGGGGCGGAGAUCACCUCCUACGUCAUCACCCUGGACGACCAAACCAUCACUGUGGAAUCAGGGACAAGUCACCUUGUUACAGGCCUGCAGCCAGACAGCGAAUACAGUGUACAUAUCCAGGCGGUGAAUGUCAUCGGCUCCAGUCCCUUGAGUCCACCCCUGCUGGCGAGGACACGCCCCCUCCCUCCAGCCCCGCCCCCUCUCGAAUGCUCGGCGGCCGGCCCUCAGAGCCUGAAGCUGAAGUGGGGCGAAAACGCCAGCAACACGCACACCCGCGCCCUGCUCGCCGAUGACAUGGUCUACACACUACAGAUGCAGGACAAGAAUCACAGGUUUGUGACGAUCUACCACGGUCCGAGCCACACCUACAAGGUCCAGCGAUUGACUGAGUCCAGCAGCUACAGCUACAGAAUACAUGCCAUCAGUGAUGCUGGGGAGGGUCCUUUCUCUAACACUCACACCUUCUGCACCACCAAGUCUGUACCUCCUGCCCUCAAAGCUCCCAGAGUGCACCAGCUGGAGGGGAACAUGUGUGAGAUCACAUGGGAGACUAUCGCACCAAUUAGAGGAGAUCCCGUGAGCUACGUGCUCCAGGUGCUGGUGGGACGCGAGUCAGAAUACAAACAGGUCUUUAAGGGAGAGGAGGGCGUGUUCCAAAUCUCUGGUCUCCAGGGCAACACAGACUAUCGUUUCCGCGUGGGCGCCUGCCGCCGUUGCCAGGAUACGUGCCAGGAACUGUGCGGACCACUGAGCCCCUCCUCCUUGUUCACGCUGCGUCGCCAGGAGACGGCAGCAUCGGGGGAGCUGUGCCCCGUGGAACCGGGCAAAGGCGCCGGCCUGAUCUCCAGCGACGAGCGCUUUGCGGCGCUCAUCGUGUGCAUUUUCGCGGGAUUCUCCAUCCUCAUCGCCUGCUUGCUACAGUACUUCUUCAUGAAGUGAGGGAAUUUUAACUAUAGGAUAGAAAAAGAAAGCAAAAUCACAGAGAAACUCUUAAAAAAAAAAAAGAAAAAAAGUCUUUGAAAGAACCGAAUGAAAUCAAAACAAACUGAUGUUCUUCUAAGGCUAUGUA